AUGUUCAGCUCUCCUGACAUUAGGCUGCAUAGCUUGUCUGUGGUGUGUUACGGUUCUCCGCUCUCGUACCUUCAGUUCCGAGGAUUCCGCACCCUUCCGUACCGGAACUCGGGACUUCCGUCCCUCGGGGGCGCUGUCUAUGGACUAUAUGCGUGCUGA